GAGGUAAAUUUAAGCAAAUAAUAUAUAUUAAAGUUAUAGGUGUUUGGAUUGCGGCCAAAUAUAUCGAUCAAACAAAAAGCAAGAAUCAGAUGAUGAAUCAGAUGGGAACGAACAUGUUUGCUAUUCUCGUUUCUGUUCACAUUGUCAUUCGAUUCAUCGGACAGAGGAGCCGUGUUAUGUCCAGCCAAUCGUUCCCAAAAGACACAGGGAUUAUAUACUGGUUAUUUUUGACUUUGAAUGUUCUCUAAUUUCUCCUACUCGAAAUGAAGAUGAAUGGCAACGACUUGGAGUUAUUGCGAAAGGUGGCAUACCUUCAAACGACGAAAAUUAUCAAUUGCAUCACGUUAAUUGUGUAUCGGUAAGGAAGAAGAAUUAUUUAAGUAUUAUUUUUAGGCUAUGCUUUUAUGCUCGCGCUGUAUCAGUGAAGAGAAAAAAUGGAAAGACGAAUAUUCAAUGGAUUGUAGUAUUUGUGGAAUAAAGCGAAAACGAAUAAUUACAUGGACAUCAGCAAACUACGUCAACCCAUUAGAGGAGUUUAUUGAAUGGUUAAUUGAUGGUCUUGGAAAGGAAAGAAGAAUUGCGACAUAUGCAAUUUCACAUUACGGAGGGCAAUAAACUUUAUGAAGUUCUCUUAAAAAGAACAAGAGCAGUUUGUCCGAGAAUCUCUUUUCGUGACUCAUUCAACUGGAUGGCUCUAAAAUUGGAACAAUUGCCAAAAGCACUUGGAUUGGAGAUUGACGAGGGAGGAAAGGCUUUCUUCCCCCAUGGAUGGAACUUCAACAAAAACAUGAAUAUAAAACUACCUGGGCUUCCUGAGAAGGAAUAUUAUUAUCCUGAAUCAAUGAUGAAAGAUAGAAGGAAGAAAUUUGAAGUAUGGUAUCAAGAGAAUAGUCAUUUUCCUUUCUGCCUGGCGGAACAAAUUGGGCUUUAUUGCGAGCAAGAUGUCCGUGUUCUAGCUCAUGCCGUUAUAAAAUUUCAACGACUAUUUUUUGAUAUCGCCCCUGAACCGUCAAAACGAGAUGAUGUUUUAUCAUCCUCACUCACCUUAGCUAGUGCUUGUCUUCGUCAUUUCUGUAAGCUAAAAAUUAUUACAUUUUACAUUUUAUUUAAGGCAUAAACUACUUGAAGCCUCUGGAAGUAGG